AUGAUUGAAGAUGUUAAUAUUGCUUUUCAAGCAAUAUCCGUUGAAUUAACAAGUCAACAACCUGCAAUAAAUGAGCCACACUUUGUUUCGCAACAAAUCUGUGAACAAAAUCCAAACAUCAUGAUAAACACUUACAACGAUGAUGGUAUCAAUGAGGAGCACAACGAUUCAUCUUAUCCAGAUAGAACAGCACAUCCCAACACUGCUACACCCCCUAUGAUAGACACAACACAAACACCAAUAGGUGUUGUUCAUCAAACACCAUUUAAUCUUGAAACAAACUUAGAUAAGAAACAGACCACUUUGGGGGUUUAG